ACCUAAACGUCUUCGUCCUCUCGUCGUCUCCCCUAAACCAUUCUCCAUCUAAAUUUUCCAUUGCCACAAAAUUUUGAACUGCACUUGUAAGAAGAAUUAAUGGAGGGGAAUCAUUCUGUGAAUGAACCAGAUUUGGGUAUACCUUCUUCUCAACGUUCAGUUCGUCAUAAAGAUGACACAGCGUGGAGGUAUAUAACAGAACGGACGUUGCAGAAUGGAAAGAAAACUUUGAUUUGUGACUUCUGUCAGAAAGAGAGCGGAGGUGGAGGUAUUAACAGAAUGAAACAACAUUUAGCUGGGGUAAGAGGAAACAUAGAUUCAUGUACUAAAGUUUCUGUAGAAGUUCAGUUUCAGAUGAAGCAAUCACUGAAGGAAAAUGAAGACAGAAAUAAGGAAAAGAGAGGAAUACCACUUGAUGAUAUAAACAUUGCUGCUGAUAUGAAUGCUGAUGGACAAGGCAUUCAUUCUCAGCCAUCUGUUACUCAAACCAAAAAGAGAAACAGAGGUGGAGACUUACAUGGGUUUUUUAAAACAGGUUUGAGUGAUCCUACUCAACCAAGUAUAAAGGCAUCUAUACAAAGCAAGGAAAAGGUGCAUGAUGCUGAUAUGGCUGUUGCUUUAUGGUUUUAUGAUGCGUGCAUUCUCAUGAACGCUGUGAACUCUCCAUUCUUUCAACCUAUGUUAAGCAAAGCUGCUAGUUUAGGACAUGGAUAUACUUGUCCUUCGUAUCAUGCUUUGAGCCUUGAGGGUUGGGUUAUUAAGAGAUGCAAAAAAACAUGUGUCUUUGAUUGUCGAAUCAUUUAGAAGCACUUGGGCUAGUACCGGCUGUACCUUGAUGGGAGAUGGAUGGAAAGACACUAGAAAAAGACCACUGAUCAAUUUCUUAGUGUACUGUCCAAAAGGAGUUACAUUUAUCAAGUCGGUUGAUGCAUCUGAUGUAUACACAAAUACAGAGAAUUUGUGUAAUUUAUUUGCUGAGAUGGUGGAAAUGGUUGGCUCUGAAAAUGUGGUUCAUUUAGUGACUGAUAAUGCUCCUAACUACAAGGCUUCAGGUAGAUUACUUGCGGAGAGAUACCCAAAUCUUUCUUGGUCUCCAUGUGCAGCUCAUUGCAUGAAUUUGAUAUUGGAGGAUGUGGGGAACAUGCCUAAUGUUAAAGAGUUAGUUUCUGCUGUCUCAAAGGUAACUAUCUUUGUCUACAAUCAUAAGUCAACUUUAAAUUUUUUGAGGAAGAGGCAAGGGUGGAGGGAAAUCAUUCGUCCAGGAGAAACCCGCUUUGCUACCACUUUUAUAGCCCUUCAGAGUGCAUACGCACAUAAAGAAGACUUACAAGCUUUGGUAGUAGAUCAAGAGUUCAGACAGUUUCUGAAAACAGAGAAAGCAAGAUAUGUCAAGGCUGUUAUUCUGGAUGAAAACAUGUGGGAGCAUUGUUUGUUGAUCGUAAGGAUUAUGGCUCCAAUGAUACGCUUGUUGCGUGUUUGUGAUACUGAUGAGAAGCCAUCACUGCCAUAUGUCUAUGAAGGAAUGUAUCGAGCACGUUUAGGCAUCAAGAAGAUAUUUGGGAAAAAGAAAGAAUUGUAUAAGCCUUACACAAGGAUCAUAAAGAACAGGUGGGAUAGAAUGUUGCGCCAAGAUCUUCAUGCUGCAGCUUACUUCUUCAAUCCAGCUUUCAUGUAUGAUCAAAAGAACUUUUCAAUAAAACCUGAGAUACUGAGAGCCAUGUUAACUUUGAUGGAAAAACAAAAAGGGUCUGACAGAACAAAGAUCUUUGAGGGGAUGACAAUGUAUAGAGAACGUGAGAAAAGCUUCUCACAUUCAUCAGCUUUAAGUUGUUUGAAAACCACUCGUCCUGAUGAGUGGUGGAAGUUCUUUGGAUAUGAUGUUCCUGUUUUGCAGAAGCUAGCAAUUCGAAUUCUUAGCCAAACUGCAUCAUCAUCGGGCUGUGAGCGUAAUUGGUCUGUGUUUGAAAGAAUUCACACAAAAAGGAGGAAUAGAUUGGAACAUCAAAGACUGGAUGAUCUUGUCUACGUUCAUUACAAUUUGCGUCUGCAAGAUAGGUUCUCAAAAAGAAAGAGGUCAUAUGAUCCGAUUGAUUAUGAGUCCAUUGAUAAAACUGAUUUCUGGGUAGUGGAAGAGAGUGGAGAAGCUGAACUAGAUUAUGAUGAAUUUGAGAACGCACUUAUUGAAGAAAACCCAAAAGAUGGAGAAGAUGCAACUUCUGAAACUUUGAACUUCAACGGUAUAUACGUCUUCUCUUAAACUAUAUGAUUUUUUUGGCUAUGAUGUCUAUUAUUUAACUCAUACAUUCUUCAUAUUUUUUUUAGAAGGUAACGAU